UGCAAGCUGAGCUGCUCAGAUACGGCGAAGGACAGGAUACCUAGGCUUGGAUUCCCUCUCAGUUGCAAGAUGUGUUUCGGCAAGGAUGUGAGCUAAUGCAUGCAGGAUGCAACAAAAACAUGGCGGCCAUGAUUGGAAUCCACCCCAAUAUCUUGGUCUCCGAGCAUGGGCAGGAGAUGCUUGAUUCCACACUGCAGCUGGCCCUGCUGCUUCACUCAACCUAGUAGAUUGUGCCUUUUCAGGGCAGACAACGAAGCUGAUCAAGGUUGUAUUCUAGGCCAUAGUAUCUAUGCGGGGCGUCAUGGACCGUCAAAAGCACAUAGCACCACUCACCCACUGUGUCCUAGCAUUAAGCGGCAUCAAAUUCUGCUGGCCAGCUCUCCGCGAGCAGGAUUCUUCCUGCACGCUGAUUCGCUCCUCCAGACCGUGUGUCUCGGCGUGGCGACAUGCCAUGGCAUCCCCUGGACGGUUGCCAGAGAUGAGAUUGACAUCUCCGCUCCCAAGGUCAUGGUCAGAUGGAGAGCCCAGAUCGAGUGGCCAAUGCCUCGCAGCAUCAUCAGCACUCAGGCUUCCCAGUCUCGGCCCUUUCUGGUUUGAUCUUCAGUAGGUUGUCACGGCGGGUUGGUUUGCAGAGCGAAGCCAUGGAUAGCUUGUUUACUCUGGAACCACGCAGGUGAAUAUCAGAUAGGCACAGAUGAU